GCUCCGUUUCCGUUUCGCGUUACUUGAAUGCACACCGAUGCAUUUUCUUGUCAAAAUUGUGCAACUUUAGGUCAGCAAGUAUCAGGGUUAAGAACUCUACUAAAGGACUGUUAAGUCUUAAAUCACACAUAAGUUUUAGGGCAAAAUGCUGGGCGGAUCCACGCAGCUGCAGGGCCGUCGCGGAUGUCGGAAUGCCUUUCGCUCGGGCGCCCCACCACGCGUGCGCAGCACUCUGCAAAUAUGCACAGCUGCUUCAACGCUAACGCCACCAGCAAAGACCGCUGAGCCCUCAGCCGUCCUCCUUCCGCCUUCACUACGAAACAGCGUGGCUGUCCUAGAGGCGCCGAAUCCUACUGCCCCCGGUGGCAAAACGCGCGUGUACCUCCUAGCCAUGUCGCACGUAUCGCAGCACAGCGUGGAGCAGGUGGAGCAGCUCAUCUCGCUGGUUCGUCCGCAGGUGGUUGCAGUGGAGCUGUGCAAGGAGCGCAGCAGCCUGCUGGUGGACCCCGUGGAGGCCAGCAAGCCGCCCAAGAUCUGGCACAGCCGCAAGAUCACGAUUGAGGGCCUACCGGAGGAGGCCGCCGCGGGAGGCCCCGAUGCUGCCGCCCCUGCCGCCAGCUGCUGGCCCUCCCAGGAUCAGCUGCUGUCGCUGCUGGUGUGCCGCCCGGGACGCCCCGUGACGCAGGCGGACAUCGAGGGGGACGUGGUGCGCCUGCUGAGCACGGGCCUGUUUGCCAGUGUCCGUCCGGGCGCCAGCAACGCCGGACGGGACGAAGCACCCGCCUUCCUCAUCCGCCCCCAGCAACACCACAACCAUCACAGCCAUAACCAACAGGGAGCCGAGCAAACCCAGCAAGCCGACGGCCACCUCCCCGACCUCAGCCUCACUGCCGUACCCCCGCUGGGCGCCAUUCGCUUCAAGGUGCAGCCGCGCAGUCUGCCCGGCGUCACCAGUCUGGCAGCGCGGGUGGACAGCAGCCUGCUGUUGCUGCGGGGGCCGCAGCUGGAGCAGGCGGCGCUGGAGGCGCUGUGUCUGCAGACCACCGACGAGUGCCGGUCGGGGCUGGACGGGCUGAGUGCGCUGCUGCGCACCCGGCAGCGGGUGGAGCGGCUGGCGGAGGAGGCGGGGGUGACGGCGAAGGUGACGGUGUCGUUCACGGGAGUGGACUCGGGGCGGGUGGAGAUGAUCGUCAAGGCGGUGCGGCCAAACGACCCGCCGUACAUGUCCGGACUGGAGGGAACGGCGGUUAACGGAGAGGGCUUCGGCAUUGAACCCUUCCGUCCCCCCCGCAGUGUUUUCAAGGUCAGUAACAAGUUGUUCAUACCAAUGGAGAAGAUUGAGCAGCUGCGAGCCGAGAUGCUGGGAGCUGAGGCUGCAGCAGCGGCGGAGGCGGCAGCGGCAGCAGCAGCAGAGGGCGCAGCUGAGAGCAACAGAGCUGCUGCUGGCGGCAUUCCGCAGCCCCUUGUGAGGGCCCAGUUGCGCCCCUGGAGUGCCGAGGAGCUUGCGGCCGCCGGGCAGGAGGAGCUGCCGCGUCGGCCGCUGCGGGACGCCCUCACUCGCGCCAUGACCUCCACCUACGCGCGCAUUCAGUCCAAGGCGGGUCGUACCCUGGGUGUGGAGCCGGGGGCCGCAUGGAGGGCGGCACUGCAGGCUGCCAGCCAAGUGGGUAGCGGUGUGGUGCUGCUGGCUGACCGCCCCGCCGACCUGACGCAGCACCGCAUGGGGGCGGGACUGGCGAGGGAGUCAGGCGGUCGCCUGCUUGCAUCCGGUGUCAUCCUGCUGGGUGGACUGCUGGGGGCGCUGCUGCCAGACUCACCCCUCGCGCCGCUGCUGGCCGGACUGCCCGAGCAAGCGGAUCUGGGGGUGGCAGCGGCGGUGCUGGCGGCGGCGGCGGCGGUGGCGGCGCCCGUGGUUGGGCCCUUCCUGGAGGUGUCGCGGUUCGCAGACCUGAGUGCGGACCAGAUCGAGGAUGCGGUGGCGAUCAAGGAGCCCAUCGACCAGGGGGACCUCAGCAAGCCGCUCAAGCUGUUCGGAGAGGAUGCGCUGCUGGACUGGCCGGGCGCGCUGCCCGCGCUGCUGCGGGAGCGAGACAGCUUCAUGGCGCGAGCCAUCGCAGCCGCGGCAUCAGGCAAGCCGGGAGUGGUCCCCGCCUACGUGCGCGACCAGGUGGACGGGCAGGCCGUGUGGCGCUACGCAAUGCCCGAGGGCGGACCCGCACGUGCCGCCCCGCCGGGUUUCGGAGACGGCGCGCUGCAGGGCCUGCAUGGGGUGUCGGCGGUGGUGGGGGUGGUGGGCAGUGCGCACGUGCGGGGUAUGGUGCGGGAAUGGGACGAGGCGGUGGGGCGGGCGGGGCAGGUGGGGGAGCUGCUGGGGGACGCGGAGUGAGGUGUGAUUGGGUGGUUGAGUGAAAGGACAAUUAAACCUUGUUGGUCCUAACUUGUGGAGUUUUGUAUGCGGGCUUUCAGGGCUGAGUGGCGCCAGGGCAGCAGCAGGACCAUCAGAACAUCUGUUGUGGGCAUUUGUAGCUUUUCGCUUGUACGGCAGGACAUGAAUAGUGUGGGUCAAUCCAGGUAAGUGUGUAGUUGAGCGGAAACAAGAGUAAGCAGUGGGGAUAG